ACGCUUUGACUUCCUGUAUUUAAUUGUUUUUACUAUUUGCAUCCCAGCGCCCUUAAAUACAUUUAUAUAUGAUUAUUUUAUUAUUUUAAAGUGUAUAUAGUCAACUUCGGUGUUACUUUGUGUGGCAAAGUUUCGCCACUGGCAUAAAAAAAACAAAAAUAAUUAAAAGACAGUUUGUCUUUUCGUGCGCUACGGAAGCCGGUCGCUAAGGAGCUAGCUUCAGGUGACAGCUGGCUUUCGCCCUCUGAGCGUCUUCGUGCAAUAAAUUAAUUUAGUGUCUUUGUUUGUUUGUUUGUUUGUUUGUUUUCCUCACUCUCGCGUCAUGGCCAAAGUGCUCUGCAUGGCAACUUUGAGGAAACCCGCCGGUUUGAUCCAUUCGAGGUGGUUAUGGUGGGCGUUGAGCAAGCGAAAAUACAACAGCAAAGACGAGCGUUCCUCUUCAGAGUACUUGCACAGAAGUCUGGUGCCCACGAUGCAUUACCAGAAGAGUUUACCAAGGUUGCCGAUCCCAAAGCUGGAGGACACCAUCAGGAGGUAUUUAGCCGCUCAACAGCCCCUCCUGGAUGGCCAACAAUUCAGAGAGACCGAGAAAGUUGCUCAGGACUUCCUGGCUGGUGAAGGAAAAAGGCUUCAAGAGGAGUUGCUGGCUCAGGAUAAGAAAAACAAACACACCAGCUACAUCUCAGGACCGUGGUUCGACAUGUACCUGUCGGCGCGCCAGCCGGUGGUGCUGAACUUCAACCCGUUCGUGUCGUUCAACCCGGACCCCGACGGCGGGUACAACGAGCAGCUGGUGCGCGCCAGCAACAUGACGUGCUCGGCCUUGCGCUUCAUGAAGACGCUGCGGGCCGGCCUGCUGGAGCCCGAGGUGUUCCACCUGAACCCGGCCCGCGGCGACACCGACGCCUUCAAGAGGUUCAUCCGCUGGGUGCCCGCCUCGCUGGCCUGGUACGGCGCCUACAUGGUCGACGCCUACCCGCUGGACAUGUCGCAGUACUUCCGCCUCUUCAACUCCACGCGCGUGCCCCGGCGGGCGCGGGACGAGCUGUUCACCGACGAAAGGGGGCGCCACCUGCUGGUCAUGAGGAGAGGCAACAUGUACGUCUUUGACGCGGUGGACGCCGACGGCAACAUGGUGGCGCCUGCGCAGAUCCGCCACAACCUGGGGCUCAUCCUGUCGGAUGCGACGCCGGCGCCCGACUUCCCGCCGGGGGCGCUGACGACGGAGAACCGGGACGUGUGGGCCGGGCUGAGGGACAAGCUGGUCGCCUGCGGCAACGGCGAGACGCUGGCGGCGGUGGACAGCGCCCUCUUCUGUCUGUGCCUGGACGACGUCAGCUUGAGCGACAGCGUGGCGGCGUCGCACAACAUGCUGCACGGGGACGGCGUAAACAGAUGGUUCGACAAGUCGUUCAGCAUCAUCGUAGCGAGCGACGGCCACGCCGCCAUCAACUUCGAGCACUCGUGGGGCGACGGCGUGGCCGUACUGCGCCUCCUCAACGAGAUCUUCGAGGACACCACCCGCAAGCCGCAAGUGCACCCCGGCUCCGCUACUAGCGGCGGUUCGCCGUGCGCCGCCGUGCGCCGGCUGAACUUCAAGCUGGACGACGAGCUGCGGGACGGCAUCAAAAACGCCAAAGCCGGAUUUGACGCCGCCGUGUCCCAGCUCACCAUCGACGCCAUGCAGUUUACAGGUGGCGGCAAGGAGCGCUUGAAGAAGGCCAAGCUGAGUCCCGACGCGAUGGCGCAGCUGGCCUUCCAGAUGGCCUUCCUGCGCCAGUACGGCGCCACGGCGGCGUCGUACGAGUCCUGCAGCACGGCCGCCUUCAGGCACGGCCGCACCGAGACCAUCCGGCCCGCCAGCGUCUUCACCGAGCGCUGCGCCCACGCCUUCGUGCGCCAGCCCGCCCCGCACGACGCCGGGCGGCUGCUCCAAAUGCUGCGCCGCUGCUCCGACUAUCACGGGCAGCUGACCAAGGAGGCCGCCACGGGUCAGGGGUUCGACCGCCACCUGUUCGCCCUGCGCCACCUGGCCGCGUCGGCCGGGCGGCCACCGCACGCCCUCUACGCCGACCCCGCCUAUGCCGCCAUCAACCACGUAGUGCUCUCCACCAGCACGCUGUCCAGCCCCGCCGUGCAACUGGGCGGCUUUGCGCCGGUGGUGCCCGACGGGCUGGGCGUGGGCUACGGCGUCCACGACGACUGGAUCGGCUGCAACGUCAGCGGCUACCCGGCGCGCGACGUCUCGCGCUUCCUGGGGUGCGUCCGGGAGUCGCUGGGGGACAUCUUCGCCGUCCUGGACGGCGAGCCGCUCGCAAACGUCCCGCGCUAAGUGGAAAUCGCGCGCUCGUCCGUCCGGUCGCGUGACGUCACGCCGUCGUGGUUGCUGUCGACUUCUCGUGAAAUGGAACGUGUGUGAAUAAAAUGUAUUCAACGGUU